AUGGUUUAUUAUUUCACGUCCAAUGUGGUUACCCCUUCUGCUUACAUUUACGUGGGCAAGGACAAAUUCGAAAAUGAGGAACUCAUAAAGCAUGGCUGGGAGGAGGAUUUUCACGUAGACAAGCUCUCAAGCGCCCACAUAUACCUCCGGCUGCGAGAGGGCGACUCAUGGGAGUCCAUCCCCGAGGCGCUUGUGACGGACCUAGGUCAGCUGACCAAGGCGAACUCGAUCGAGGGCAACAAGAAGGACAACAUUACCAUCAUCUACACGCCCUGGUCGAACCUUAAGAAGGACGGGAGCAUGGCCGUCGGCCAGGUCAGCUUCAAGGACCCGCGCAAGGUCAAGCGCGUGCUCAUCGUCCAGCGCGAGAACGCCAUCGUCAACCGCCUCAACAAAACCCGCAUCGAGAAAACGCAGCCUGAUCUAUAUCAGGAGAAGGAAGAUCAUCUGCGCCAAUUACGAAAAAAGGACCAGAUUGCGAGACAGGAAAGAAAGAAAGAAGAUGCUAGGAUAGCACAGGAGAGAGCGGAUAAGAAAUGGCAGAAGGAUCAUGCGUAUGACGAAUUAUUCUCCGAGGAGAACAUCGCCGCCUCAAGUAACCACAAUACAGGCGAGGACUGGGAAGACGACUUCAUGUAACACUUGGCCUCGAUACUACAUUUAUUACAAGGGAAAAACUAGGGUGAAAAAAAGGGUUCCUCAUUAGGUA